UUUAAGGCGCUUAUUACAUUGGUUUGAGGGGGCUUGGAUGAUCGAUGUUCGCAGUAGCUUGUAAAAGUGGGGUGGGUUUUUGGUUUUUUUUUAGAGCCGUGUGCCUCUUCUGCUUUUAACAUCUGUGACCUUAACCUAGCACGACACAUACUCUAGUUUUAUUGCUAUAAAGGGUGUAUUCUGAUUGAAACUCUCUGUUGGGCAAUAAUUGAGGACCCAUUCUUUUUGUUGUCAUUGAUGGUCAAUACUAAUUGAUCAUUAGCUAUGCGACAAAAUGCAAUUUAUGAUAACCGAAUAUAAUUUUUUACAAUGGAAUCGGGAGUCGGUAAAGGCGUUUCUUGUUUACUUUAGACAAAUCCAGUAGUAUCAUUACGUAACGUUCUGCAAUACAGAACCUUGAUAACAGCAAGAACGCCUUGUUUCGACUUACCGUUUACUUAAUAAACGUUAAAUGCGUGCACAAUCAAACGGCCAAUACGUAUGUGUAUUCGAACGGGUCGAUUAUUACCCCCUGUAGUCGGUGAUACCGUUCGUGCAUUAAUUUUUCCUAUCUGAACCGCAAAUAGUUAGCUAUAUUCUUGUUCAAAGUCACUUUGAAAUUUUAGUCUGAAAAAUUACCCGCACAUAAUUUAAGCAGGAAUAAAAAAUCUAGAUGAUAAAAUGUCUAGAUUUUUUAUUUUUCGUGUCUACGUUUUUUGACGACAAUUAGAAUUGUUUUGCCUAGGUAGCGCUAUUGCGUGUUAAGCCUAAAAUGAAACCCUUGUGGAUGAAAAUACAUCGAUGUUGCCAUGUUGCUAUGCGUGUUAUUAAUAUGCCGACGAGUUAAAAGAAAAAGAUUACCUUAUCUUAUAGUAACUAUUAUUGAUAGAAUUCGAGCGUUCUGAUUGUUCAUGGAUCCAAAUUAAUUUUGUUUGAACUAUAAAGAAUAACGCAUUAGUCUAAACAACGAUCAUAUCUGAUUGACGAAUACGUUUGGGGUAACAUAGUUUUUUGAAUUAGCAGAACUCAAGGCGAUAAUUACGACUGUCAACGUUUCGAUGUGUACGAUAAUGGUAUCAGUCUUCUUCCAUCAGAUUGUCUUUUUGCGACAGUGUAGUAGUAGCGAUUUCCAGUGGUUUUUAAUAUACCGGACGAGGUACUUAAGUGUGCGGUUGAUCAUACAUGAUAAUUUGUGGCAGAGCAAUGCUCUUGUUGAAUUCAUAUAACUGAUCAACGAUGGUGAAACUUGUUAAAGCGCAUUAGAUAUUUGUACAUAACAUUCUUGUUUUUUAGCUUUUUUUUUAAAUUUUUGCUUGCGAAAUUUGUAAAUUGAGGUGUUAAAUGUAAGUUUCAAGUAAAUUAACGAUUCUCAGUUGCUCCUCACAAAAAUCAAUCAAUUUUUUCGCAUCGAAAUUGUUCUCUAGCACUUUUUUUUUCAUUUGAUUGAAUUUGUUCGUUUUAAAAGGUACACAUGAUUGUUAUAUUUAUCUCAUCCGUUGAAGCGUUUAUUUUUCCCGAAUCAUAAACAUGUGCUCCGAUGAUGCUUUGGUACAUGAAGACCUUUUGGCAGUGGAAUGGCUGGUAAAGUAAGGAAAUCUUUUAGAUUUCUUGUUUGCUUCAGUCUGUUUCCGAUUUUGUAAAGAGCUUCUUCAUCGCAACUGUAGGAACCAUUGCAGAAGAAACGGUGUGCGUUAAGUUAGCUGUGCAUGCACAUGUGGCAUCGUGUGCAACCUAAUUUUGUUUGUGGUUUAGACGCACGAGUCCGUAUGCUUUUUUUGUAUGUACGUGUCGAUGAUUCUCGUAUUUCUGUGUUGCAUCUCCCCGGCAGCUACCACAGCUGCUACAGCUGCCGCGACUUCUCUUGUUCCUACAGUCGGUGUUGCUAUUGAUAUUUUACUUUAAAUCGCGUCUGUCGCACAUGCCGCUCUUCAUACACAUCUAUAGAAAUGGCGUAGUCGAUGAUGAGGUAAACUGAAUAAGAAAAACGGAAGAGACGAACUCUCGUACGUGAUUCGUAUUUUUAUUCAUGGUGUACUUGUCUAUAGUGUAGUUUUACGCUGCUACGGGAGCGUCUGCAGGAGAGCAAGGUGCUGCUGCUCUAUAAUAUGGCUCUUUUUUGCGAGAUCGGUUGCUGAUGUUGCUGUUACUGAAGUAGAUCUGUGAUAGAUGAAGCAAUGUUUUUAAAUAAUAUACGCAUGGAACAAGAUCCGACAGAAAAAAUUAAAAAGGUGCGCGGUCUUUGCCUACGAUCGCGUGAGGUAUUCCUAUCACAGCCUAUUCUACUGGAGCUUGAGGCUCCAUUGAAAAUUUGCGGAGACGUUCAUGGACAGUACUAUGACUUACUGCGUUUAUUUGAAUAUGGAGGAUUUCCACCAGAGUCAAACUACCUCUUUCUUGGUGACUACGUUGAUCGUGGGAAGCACAGUCUCGAGGUGAUCUGCUUAUUGCUGGCAUACAAGAUUAAGUAUCCGGAAAAUUUCUUCCUGCUUCGUGGCAAUCACGAGUGCGCAUCAAUCAACCGUAUUUAUGGCUUUUACGAUGAGUGUAAACGCAGAUACAAUGUUAAACUCUGGAAGACUUUCACGGAUUGUUUCAAUUGUCUCCCAGUAGCCGCUAUCGUCGACGAGAAGAUCUUUUGUUGCCAUGGAGGCCUUUCGCCUGACCUUCAGUCAAUGGAGCAGAUCCGGCGCAUCAUGCGGCCGACUGAUGUCCCUGAUCAGGGACUCCUUUGCGAUCUGCUUUGGUCUGAUCCCGACAAGGAUAUCAUGGGUUGGGGAGAAAAUGACCGUGGCGUGUCAUUUACCUUCGGAUCGGAUGUUGUUGCAAAAUUCCUUCAUAAACAGGACCUUGACCUCGUUUGUCGCGCCCACCAGGUUGUCGAGGAUGGUUACGAGUUCUUCGCCAAACGACAACUCGUCACCCUGUUCUCAGCACCGAACUACUGCGGCGAAUUCGACAAUGCUGGGGCUAUGAUGAGCGUUGACGAAACUCUCAUGUGCUCAUUCCAAAUUCUCAAACCUGCCGACAAGAAGAAAUUUUCUCUAGCAGGCUCAGCUAACAACAAACCCACGCCUGGGCGAAAGUAGUAGUAUUUUAAGCGCAAUCAAUAAGCAAGGAAUACAACAACAGCAACAACAAGGACGACAAGCGAGGAAAAGGAAGAAAGAUAGACAAUUAAACACGUGAAUAUAGUGAAUACCUUUUAUCAGAAGGACCAUGACAGGCUGCGGGUUGUGCCCUAACGUCAGCACGUGGCCGCUACCACCGCCACUAGCAAAGGGUUGUGGUACCAACAGCCAACAGAUGCCAGGCUGGAAUAGAUAUAUCAAAACAAUUGAGCUGUGUGUAUGUGCAAGUGUGAAUGUUGGGAUCGAAAUUAAAGUGGCUGAUGAUAAAAAGACGUAAGCAAAGUCGUUUCGUUGUAGUUCCUCCCUUCCGCCGCGCUCCGGGUCAUCUCGUGUCACAAGUCCAAGGUGAUGGCACACAUACGCUAUCACUUGAUGAGAAAGGUGGAAAUGUGUGCUCGAUUGGCGUUUGGGCUUCGUAAGGGUGUGUAGCAUUUGUUGGCGUACCUCACUGGUUCACGUUACACAUAGACAAGCAGCCAUAGCGACAAAUAACUGACUUCAUGUACCCUUUUAGUGGAAAGGGUGUUGCCGCGGCCACGCAACGAUGCUUGCACAAAACCGAUACCAGGACGGAGGACUUCAGUUGCAACAGAAAAUCUUCUACUGAAAAAAUGGCAGCAACAACCAGGAAAUAAUCCUAACCGCUACUAUGGUAACUUUAUCUAUACUGUAACUCGUGUUAGUUGUUACAGAAGUCCUAUUGAUGGUAAACCGUAUGCGUCUAUGAAUAUCGUCGACCAAUGUCUGUGAGUAAAUGCAGUAUACGUUUGGUAGUGGCCGACCUUUGAUGGGCGGGGUGGGAGAGAAAAUUAAAAAUUAAACAUCUCGGCGACAUCAACGACGGUGUUGAAAUCGCUAGGCUAAUUGAAGCCGGUAUACGAAACGGGAGAGAUUAGUGCUUGUCGCUAUUGCUCUGUAAGAAUAGGAAAGACAAUAUCCUGGAUAUGGUGGCAGUGAGAACGACCUACUAUAUACACCUAGCUUGUGCUUGCUUCUAUUUGAAUCGAAAUGAUAAGACGGGGCUCGCAUUAUUGAAAAGAUAGACUAUAGCCAUAAAGGAGGUGAAGGCGACGAAGAACGGUGAUGAUGACGAUAUAGGUGGACAGAGAAUAACUGAAAGCAUACACAACAGACAUAAAUAUAGCUUACACAACAGGUACAGACAAGAGACCGACAAGUGAAGAUAGUCAGACAAAGAUGAAAUGUAGUGGACAAGAACGUGAAACAAGAACAUUUACAACCAUGUGUGUGCAGGUCGAAGACGUGUAAAAUGUGGGCGGAAGUACAGGCAAAAGAGAGAAUGAAAAAUCGACAAGAUGAAUGGAAACGACUGAUAACAUAACAACACAAUAUCAAUGAUAUAGGUAGAUUGAUACGCGUGACCUGUUACACGUGGGUAACACAUGUGCGCGUUAAUGACAUUUAAAACAGUAACAGAGUGCGACAGAAGGACACACGGAAGUAUAGGAUGAGAAACAUGGCAGACAAAAUUGUAAAUGCUACGGAAACCGUCGUAGACGGCAAUAGAAGGUAAUGCCAGGGCCAAACUACAGGGUUGGAGUUGGUUAGACGACGAUAAUUUUCACUUCUAUUUCCCUAUUAUCACUAUUAUUAUUAUUAUAAUCUUAUAUAAUAAUUAUUAUUUAGCUAAUAUUGUUGACACCUGUAUCAGAUUACGAUAAACUGGCAACGGGAAGGCAUGAAAACGGUGAGGCAGAUAAGAUUAAUUCGAGAAAAGGCUAAGAAAGAAAAGGAUACGUCACGGAAAAACUCCACUCCCCCAAGCCGUCCUUUUAAAAUGGCCGUAGAAAUAUAUAUAUAUAUAUGGGGGAGCGGGGCGACAACGCUAUUCUCGGCUAUAUGAGACAAUAAAUAUUUGUUGUUAUUAUUAUUAGUUUAACUAUUAUUAUAUUUAUUAUUAUAUGUUAGGAUUAAACAUUAUUCGUCAGGUUUUCCUUGUUUAGUAUUGCAAGUGCUAUUUUGAUUCUUCCUAUUUUUAAAUUGUCUACACGAUAAUCGUUUUUACGGCAUGUAAUGAUUUCAACGUGUGGCUUGGGCAUGUGGGUAUAGAGGGAGACGUCAUGCUGAGAGUGGGUUAGAAUAAAAACAGACAUAUACAUACACACACCGAAAUAUAUAUAUACAUAUAUAUAUAUAUAUAUAUAUA